AUGGAGAGGCACGUGCAAAGAAGCAUUAAAAAGCUCCCACUGACUGUAUUCCCCAAUCUGUCCUCCUCCUUCUCCACUCAAGUCAACUCUAAAAGUCAUCGCCUCCCACCGCCAAGUCUCCCACUCGGGGGAGACAAAACAAGAGACAGAGAAAUAAAUGGAAAAGAAAAGGGAGCAGGGGAGAUUAAGACAGGAAAGAUGGCGAACGAACUGGACAGAGUACGAAUCUCAGCUGCGGAACUGCGAGCUGAAGCUUCGAAUUCAGUCAACUUUACCGACGGUCUCAAAGAGGAACAAACAGACCAUUCCUUACACAAGCAGCCCAAGAGGCGUGAAGCAAAGCGCCCUGAUAUGCAACGUUACUAUCCAUCAGGUGGACAAGGAAGGCGCCAAAGGGACAACGGGGAAGGAGAAAUCAGCCACAGAGAUGCCCAGACUGCUGAAACGCACGAGUCGGAUGAGUCUUUACCGAAUGAUAAAAGCAAAGUCACUGAGAAUGUUUUAGAGAGACAAGGGUGUAAAGAUGGUGCAUCUAGUAGCCAAAAAAGGGAUGAAGACAGAGUUAGCAGUGACAACAGUUUCAUCCAGAACAGCCAAUCACAAGUUAAAAUUGAGGCGAUGAAUGAAACGUUUCUUGUUGAAAAUGACAGAGAACAUCAGGAUGGUGCUGGAGCCACAAAACCUGCAAAAAAAGCACGCAAACCUGACAGAGAAUUUUAUCAACCUGGUACUCGGAGGAGUAUCCAUGGGAAGGACUGUAGGGUUGGAAAAGAACAAGAUAAGCCUCCACCUAGGAAGCCGGAACCCGAAUCCCCAUUUACCACGGACGGAAGGGAGGGGGAUCAAAAAAGGUCCACACAAAUGCAAAAAGGGAAAGACAAAGUAAAAAAGGUGCCAGAAGAAGUGAAAUUAUCAGCAUGCAAUGAAGUAAAGGAUGGAAACCAAGAUUUGGAAGCACCUUCCUUACCAAUUGAUAUUUCUGUCAAGACAAUGACAAACAAAGUGGAAAAACUCUGCAUAAAAGAGAAAGGUAAAUCAGGUUCUGUGGACAAAGCUGUUGGAGAGUUAAGUUUCAGUGGAGGGAAAAAAGCUGAUAUUGAAAGGAAAGGUCAGGGUACAGAAACCAAGGGUGAAGAGGAAAAAGCAGAGAAGAACAGAGAGAAGGGAAACCAUAGGAGAAGAGGAGUGGAAAAAGAUAAGAACCCCGAUCCCCAAAAAGAAGGUGGUGGAGGAAAGAACAAUCUGGGAAAGCCUGAGAAAGAGAAAGACAAAAGAACUGUGGAUGGUAAAAAAAUUGAGAAGACAGGAGACGUGCACCUUAGCAAAAGAAAAGAAAAUCAGAGGGACAACAAAAAAGGAGAUAACAAUAACAGCAGUUUCCGAGAUUCUGAGAAAGAUGCCAGGGCAGCAAGGAACUCGGAUCGAGUGGUAGAACGAGGUAACCGCCACAGAUCCAACGCAAACACCACCACGUCAGCCUCAAAGCGCUAUUCCAAAUCUGAUAUCCGACACUCACGGAAUCGAACCUACAGCAGCAGCUCAGCUAGCAGCGUGACGAGCCAGGAUGGGCCUGGGCGUGGAGCGGAGCCAGUGGCCUGGCUUCAACGUCAGCAUAACAACAAAGAAGCAAAGGAAAACAGCAAAGGACGGAGGGGCCAUUUGCAAAGCUGGACGAGCAAUGAUUCAUCGUCAGAGUCGCUGGAGAGAAGUGAGCGGAGUGACAGAGCAGAAGACAGGAGGAGGAGGAGAGGAGGUGGGGACAAAGAAACAAGCACAGAGAGACUAGAGGAGAGGAGGAAUGUAAAGUCAAACAGAGUUGGAGCCGGCGGAAUCCUCAGGGGCUCCCCAGAAAAACAAUCAUGUCCUCCCUCACAGAGUGGGGAUGCACAGCAUCGCAGGCUAAUCCCGGCUCCCCGGGGCAGGGGGAGGGGGAUCCUGGUUCUCCCAGCCCGCACAGACAUCUCAAAUUCACCAGAGGUAGGGCAAAGGCUCUUCUCUGGUGUGUCCAGGGGCGGGGCAGCGGGCAGGAGCAGAGGAGGCCGAGGAGGAGGAGUGAGGCGCCUCUGGGAUCCAAAUAACCCCGAACAAAAGCCGGCUCUUACUGGCACCCCGCUCUCGCAGCAGUCAUCUCUCAAACAGCCCGUUUAUCUUCAGACUGGGACGGGAUACGGACAGCUUCACUUUCUGGACACAGACGAUGAGGUAGCAGGCAGCCCUCCAGUCCAGCAGGGGGAACAUUUCCCGUCCCAGCAGGCUGCUGCUAUUGCCUACUACAAAUUCCAGAACUCUGACAAUCCCUAUUGCUACCCCGUCCCCACCAGUGGCCUUCCCAACGCCACUGGCCAGCGCUAUCCGUAUCCGUACGGUAUGGGGCCCUACCAAAUGGCUCAUCCCAAUGGUCUGUACCAAAGCCCUGGGGUGGGUCAGUUCGUCGGCGGUUGCAGGGGAGCAGGUUACUCCCAGCAUGGAGCAGGAGGUGGUUUGAGUGUGGAGGAAUCAGAGCAACACACCAGAGGGGAGCUGGGCAGGCUGCUGCGGGCAGCAGACGCUCACGAGCUGCAGCUCAGCAACCUGCUCUCCAGGGACCGGGUCAGCACCGACGGACUGGAUCGGAUGGCCCAGCUCAGAGCGGACCUUUUGGCACUAUAUGAGCAGAUCAUCCUGACAGACAUAGAGUUCUCAGACUCUCAGAACGUGGAUCAGGCUCUGUGGAAGAAUGUGUUCUAUCAGGUUAUAGAGCACUUCCGGCAGCUCCUCAAAGAGCCCAGCUGUGACAACACCCCUCACAUCAGGAACAUGCUGCUCACGCUUCUAGAUGAGGGAGCCAUUUUCUUUGAUGCGCUGCUCCAGAAGGUUCAGACUGCAUACCAGUUCAAGUUAGAAGAUUACAUGGAUGGAAUGGCGAUCAGGGCUCGUCCGUUACGGAAAACGGUCAAGUAUGCACUAAUAAGUGCUCAGCGCUGCAUGAUCUGUCAGGGAGAUAUCGCACGGUACCGGGAACAAGCGAGUGAAUCUGCCAACUAUGGCAAGGCUCGCAGCUGGUAUCUGAAAGCCCAGCAGAUUGCCCCCAAGAAUGGACGACCUUAUAACCAGCUAGCCCUGUUGGCUAUAUACACAAAGCGGAAGUUGGAUGCGGUGUAUUAUUAUAUGCGCAGCUUGGCAGCUUCCAACCCCAUUCUGACAGCAAAGGAAAGUCUGAUGAGUCUGUUUGAAGAAGCUAAGCGUAAGGUGGAGCAGCUCCAACGGAGGAGAAGGCAGGAGCAUGAGGGAGGCUCCCUGGGUCCAGCAGUGAGAGGAAGAGGAAGAGGGGAAGACGGAGCACGUGUGGAGAUUUGGAUCCGUCCCAGUGCAACUGCAACCCCCUCCUCACAGAGAGGAGGGAGUGAGUCCAGCAGAGACUCGGAGCAGGAUGGAGAGCUGGGCAGUCUGAGUGCCACUGAUCUAAAUAAGAGAUUCAUUCUGAGUUUCCUGCAUGCACAUGGAAAGCUCUUCACUAAAGUGGGUAUGGAGUCCUUCCCUGAUGUGGCGAGCCGGGCUCUGCAGGAGUUCAAAACGCUGCUUCAACACGGCCCUUCACUACUCGGCAGUACACACAUGCUGCAGAUAAUCACCAUCAACAUGUUUGCGAUUCACAAUGCCCAAAGCAGAGGUGAAGAAGGAGAUGUCCGGUCUGUUUUACUGGGGCAGACCACGGCGCUGGGCCUCAGCAUGUUCUCGCUGCUGGUGCAGCGCUGCACAGAGCUCCUCAAAGAAACCCCUGCAGAACCAGUUGCCAUAGCCGAAGGAGAGGAGGAUGAUGGAAGAGCGGAUGAGAUGAAGGGGAUGGUCCGAGUUUCUGCUUUCCCUCUGGACCUGAGAGAACUACUUCCGAGCAUCAAGGUGUGGUCUGACUGGAUGUUGGGACACCCAGACCAGUGGAACCCACCACCCUGCAGCAUAAGCUGCAGCCCUGAUGUUUGGCAGUGCCUGGCUGACUUGUGUAACAUGCUGGCGCGUGUGGAUCAUGAGGAAGUGCCACUGUACAAAGUUGAUAGUGAUGAGGGUGAGGGAGACGAGGAGCUGACCGUGCUUCAGCUCAAAGAGGACAAGCUGCUUGCUGGCUUUGUUCCACUGCUGGCUGCACCGCAGGAGCCCUGCUACACAGACAGACACACUGACAUGGCAAUUGCAGCAGAUUGUAAGAGAGUGACUGUUCUGAAGUACUUUCUAGAGGCUCUGUGUGGACAGGAAGAGCCCCUGCUGGCCUUCAAAGGAGGCAAAUACAUAUCUGUGGCAAAUUCUCCGUCUAAAAACUCCGUAGAUGCACGAAGGAGACAGGACUCUGUAACAGAGAAAGAGGCUGACGAUGUCAUACUGGAGGCAGAAUCAUCUCUCUCGGCAUCAGAAGAAGAGGAAGAGAUGGAAGACGGCGAGCAUGAUGAGAACAACAUCAGACUCUUGAAGGCGCGUCGCCAUGCCCUCGCUAACAAACUGGCACAGCAGCAGAAACGCAGGGACAAAAUACAGGCUGUGCUGCAGACUAGUGGACAGUUGGAGCUGGAAGUGAGGCCUCUCUUUUUGGUCCCAGAUACCAAUGGAUUCAUUGAUCAUCUGGGAGGCCUGAAGAGACUCCUUCAAUGUGGAAUAUACAUAAUAGUUGUGCCACUCAUUGUGAUUACAGAGUUAGAUGGCUUGGCUAAAGGCCAGAACCCUGCUAGUGGAGGAGUGGGACCAGGAGGGCGCAGCGCUGGCGGUCGUGGCAACUACAAUGUUAUCGCGGCCCACGUGAUAGCAGUACAGGAGAAGGCCCGGUUAGCAGUGGCCUUCCUCGAAAAAGGCUUUGAGGCAAGGGAGCCGUGCCUCAGAGCCCUGACGAGCCGAGGAAACCAGCUAGAGUCCAUUGCCUUCCGCAGUGAGGACACCUCUGGACAGCAGGGUAACAAUGAUGACGUGAUUUUGUCCUGUUGUCUCCACUACUGCAAAGACAAGGCAAAGGAUUUCAUGCCUCAUCAGAGAAAUGGGACAGUCAGGCUCCACAGAGAGGUGGUGCUCCUCACAGACGACCGCAACCUGCGCGUCAAAGCUCUGACCCGCAACGUGCCUGUGAGAGACAUACCUGCUUUCCUCAGCUGGGCUAAAGUAGGCUGAGUAAGACGAAGUCUGGAUCAAAGGAAUCCAACUGCUGAAGCCUGCUUGGUCCUCAGCCAGGAGAGAAGACACUAAAGCAGAGAAAGGAGAAGAGGUGAUAGCUGGGGAGAGGAAAGGCUAAAGAACCACUUCUGAUUACAUACAAGCACAUUAAUGUGGGAUGAUGUCAUUGAGCUAUUCCCCUCUUGUGAUGAAGUGUGUGUGUGUGUGAACGCGUAUGUUUGUAUUAAGAUCAGCGAGCUUCCCCAGAACGAGGUAAGAAGAGCUAAGAAGUCUCCAGGAGUUUGGAACAUAAUGGAGUAAUGAAGCAAAAUGGAGUCAUUCGGGAUGUAGGUUUCUUUGUUCAAACUCAAACCUCUGAACCAAUUUAGUGUGCACUCUGCGAGCAGCUUACCUUUGAAGAAGAUGAAACCAGAGAGGGUGGAUGUCAAUGGUCAUUUGACUAAAAAAAACAGCUAAACUGAAGGCUGUAAAUGGCAGUUCCAUGCCUCUCGGGGGGGCGAGGCUUUGUGUGUUCAGCCUAGCUGAGCCGAGAGAACAGUAGGUAGAGAAGAGCACAGCUGGGAGGUGUGUAGCAGGACAGUUUGAGGAGGCUGAGUGCAGCCAGGGUUAACUGAGAGCUCUCAUGCAAACUCAGCAGCUCUCCCUCGAAAUGCUUAAUGUGGUCGUUCCUCCAGUUUGAUGCGAAAAGUACACUUUUGUGUGCAAGCGAAGGAAAACCUUUUCAUGUCAACCACAAAAGCACUGAUGAUUCUUUAUUUUCUGCUUUUACCUGUUCCUCAGUUCUUCUGUUAAAAAACUAUUUUCUUUCUGCUUCCACUUUGUUGUUAAGAGUUUGAUAAUAUGCAUCUGCAAAGGUUGUGCAAAGGCAGCAUGAACCAUCAGUGAUUACAUUUUCUCUUUCUUUGGUGCCGUCCUAUUCGUGAAUACUGAGCUGGAGUCUCUGAGCUGCGUCUCAGAUGGUUUUGUUUCCAAUUCCAGGAAAAUAUGCCUCAUUGAUCACCUCUGAUGGACUGUGAGUAACACUGGGUAAAAUCUAUACCACAGGAACUGUACAUAAUUUGGACUCAGCUAUCCAGACAGCUAAAAUGUUAGACCCUUCUGUCUUUGACAACUUUGCAGAAACUAUUAUCAGGUAGCACCAGGUGAUAUUUCUUUUUUAUUUUCUCUUCAUCUUUACACACUGGUGUUUUUGUUCUUUUUAGUUUCAGUUAACCUCUUUUUGUGUUUUCUCUGUUCAUCAGGCAAAUUCUGUUUUUCCUCACAUUUGAUUUCAUCCAAACAGUAUCUUACAUGUUGUAAAAUGUCCCUCAAGCCACACCCACAGACCGUGGCGUGCGAAAACUGAACACAGACGCUAUUGUGCUGUCGCUUGCUCUUCAUUGCUUUGGGCCUUAGAUCACAGUGCAAGUCUCUUAGCCCGUCUGGGACUAUCUGGAUGUUUUGAAACUGUUAUCUACAUGUGAGUCUCCUGGUUUGUAGCUUCUAUUCAUCAGGCACUACUAAGAGCCGAUUUGUGUGGAUUUCAGACACCACUGUCCUACGUCUUUUCAGCUCGACUACUGUCAGCAGCAGAUGUUCCCUCACUUGUAUGAACCAUCCAAAAAGAGGGUGUUGAUCAGUGUGUGUUGUGUUUAGUGGCUCUGUCAGCUUUAGCAUUGAUGCGAACAUUGUGACUUAAUCAGCUAAUCUCAGUACAGCUUUCUCAUCAUCAUUAAAAAUGUUUCAGACCUCAUGUUUGCCCAUCACUAAUGCUGAAAAUCAAGCUUGUGACUCCUAAGAAUGUUCAGACAUCUGAACUAAAACAACAGUACUUCCAUCUUAUUCAGAUCUCCCUGUGAACGCGGCGUUUGUUAUCCUUCUAUUUUGAAGCAUGUACACACAAUUUUACGAAAAUGGGUAUUUUUAGUUACUUUUAUGGUUUAUUUUUUUAAUGCA